AAGGUGGAUCAGAACCAAUUAUAAAGCCUACAAGAAAACAGGUGUCAUGCAUGAAAAAUAUGACUGGAAGAGUGUGGAGAAUUUUGGAGGUGGUGGUGAAUACGUACCCCAGAUUUGUCAGCUGGCUGAACAGAUUCCAGAUGCAAUUUUUCUUUCGGUUAACUUUGAAGAGCUCAACGCUAUGUGCCAUGGUCUCCACAUUCAUGUGAUACCAUUCUUUAGGUUUUAUAGAGGUGCAGAAGGGCGAGUAUGUAGCUUCGGCUGCACCAUUGCCGCUAAAUUCAAAGAUGCAUUAGCUAAAUAUGGGACUGAGGGUUGAAGUCUUGGCC